AAGACGUGACAGAAAGGGCACAGUAUCGAGUGCAACAUCGAAGCAUCCUCAUCUUCUGGGAUAUUAGUACAAAUUGAAUUCAUUUUCAAAUUCAACAUGAAGUUCUUGGUGAUCGUUUUUGUGGCCCUUAUCGCCGUUGCUUCCGCGCUUCCUCAAUUUGGAUUCGGAGGAUUCGGAGGAUUCGGUGGCCAACAGCAGCAACAAGAAGGAUUCGGAGGUGGUGGCUUCGGAGGCUUCGGACAGCAGCAACAGCAGCAGGAAGGUUUCGGAGGUUUCGGCGGAUUUGGAGGAUUCGAGCAGCAGCAGCAGCAGCAAGGAGGCUUCUUCUAAGGCUGUUACUUUAGUUCCUCAACUAAAAAUUAAAAUAAAUUAUUUGAACGUAUUAGUAUAACAAACACAAAA